UUAAUUAGCGCAAACUGUGCAAAUAAUUGCAUCGGAUGAAAUUAGAGCAGUGUGUGUUUGUCAAGAAUGUGCAAACAUAUUUAAAUUGUGGAAAAAGGAGAAUUUAAUAAAGUUUUCUUUCGGUGCUUCUGAAAAAUCUAUAUGUGUGUGAAAAGGGGGCAGCAGCACCAAACUGUUGACCCCAACGUCGUCGUUGGAGCGCCACCCCACGAGGAAGUGUAGUUUGUGUGUCAAACAAAUCACACACACACACAAGCACUCACAGAAGCACUGUGCAACGCCCCCUCUCCCAUUUGAGGCAACCCAACAAAGCCGCGAUUCGUCAUCGAUUUAUAGAGCCAAACAAUAGAGCUUGGAGUACGCGCAAUGAAAAUUAAUGAAAUUUAAUUUAAACAAAAACGAAAGAAACUAUUUUGACCUUCGGAAUACUUAUUGUAUAGUUGUUUGUUUGCACAUUAAGAUAAAAUGCGCAAUUCGUAAACUUGUAGAAGUAGGGCAAGCAGAAGAAAAAAAUAAAACAAUUUUUUAGUGAUUACAGUGCCGUCCACACACACCCGCAUACAGAUAUACAUAUAUACUGUUACUUACACAAAUACGCAUCGCCUUCGAACGGCCAACGGAGCAACCUUGAGCUCCGUACCAAUUUAAAACACACACGCACACUCAUACAAAAUGGACGAUAACCUGAGCACGAAAUCCUCAGAGUCCUCAAUAACAACCAGUGGUGAAUAUGAAAUAGUAACGGAUAGCAAUGUAACAACACCCAUGGACAACUUGCCGCGCACUGUGCCUGUUCCCACUGUACUGGAUACGGCACCCGACAAUAAGGAGCCGCCCACAUCCUUGAGCGCCCUCGCUUUGUCCACAUCUAUGUCGCCCGGGGGAAAUCGCUCACCCACUCUGGACAUUGCAAAUAAUCGCAACAUUAGCGACAUACAACACGAGAUGACCGACGCUUUGCGAGAUCUGGAGCUGGAGCGAAGCGGUGGCGUUACUAUUAUAGCUGGCGGAGAGAAGACGCGUCAUCAACAGCAGCCACUGAAGAAACGCUCACAAGUUCAACAGAAAUCGCUGACUCUACCACUAACCAGUAGCGGAUCAUCGCGACCCGCGCUCAUUGUGCCAGAGGUGGAGGGUGAGGACGCGCAAAUGCGUUUCAAAUGCAAACUAUUUUCGCCAAAGAGCGAGGAGGACGAUGUGUCCGCAUCGGACCACAAUCGGGUGGGUCAUUCCGUCUUUUAUGAUUGUAUUGAUGCCAGUCCGGCAUGCAUUGAGGAGAAACAGGAUCUCAUGAAGCCAGAAAAAUGCGACACAACCGAUGAGGAGGUUUCCGAUAUCGAUCAGGGCUGCACUAUUUUCUCGGGUGUUACCUAUUUGGGCGCCGCCAACAUUAACGCGCCCAAAUCGGAAAUCGAUGUCUAUCGCAUUAUGAGUGAGCUGAACACCGGUUCCAAUUCGGGUGGACUAAAGAUAACCGUCAGCAUACCCAAUUGCUCCGAUGGUCUGGUGAUACUUCACGAUGCCGAGACUAAUACAAUUAUAGCCACUUAUGAAAUAUCAAGCAUCAUACUCUAUUAUCGCGGCCCCGUGGACACUGUGGAGAAUGGCUGCUUUGCUUUCACUUGGCUGCACGGAGAUGCUCUGUUUCAAUGCCAUGUAUUUCGUUGCCAUAUCCCCGAAGCGGUGAACCAAGUGAGCGCCUGCUUUCAGAAAGCCUUUCAAACUUAUCCGCCCAGCAUGACCUGCAGCUUAACAUCUGCUGUGGACAUGGCAAACUCUAUUACUUCGGAUGUCAGUGGUAAUCCCUUAAAUACUGCUGGGUAUGAGUUCAUCGUAUCGUUGGAGAUACGCGAGAAGGUGGCAAAGAAUUCGUAUGCGGCAGUGCCGCGUGAUCGUCGUUGUUUCAAGUUGCGCGCCAAUACAGACAAAGAGGUGUGCAUCACAGUCAAACAGACACCCUCGAAUGUCCUUCAACCCUUGUUCAUCGAACGCUGCUUUGGUGUGUUGGUGGCUCCGGGCAAACUGGUCGUGCAAAAGGAUAUGCACUUGAUUGACAUGCUGAGCAUGGGCUACGUGCAGAAUCCAAUACCGGCAGUGGUCCCAGCUUCGACAGCAGAGUCUGGCGCCAAUAAUGGGAACAACGCCAGCAACAACUCAACAACCGGAACAAGCAGCUCACCGCUUUGUCUUAACCCUUAUGCCAUACGCGCCGAAUGGAAAGCCAGUGAAAAGGCGUUCGAGCAGCUUAACAUAGAAGCGUCCAAGGCACCGCUAACCGUGGCUGUAGAUAUUGUUAUGCGCGGCAUACAGGAACCAGUACGCUUUGUCAUUGAGACACUUGUAACCAUACACUCGGCUGGCGAUCUACGCUUCAUGGACCACUUUAUGUCAAAGCGGCCGAUGACGUUGCGCUUCUAUUUGCAUCUGAAGCGCACCGAUGAAUGCAAUUGGAAGGUAAACUCCAUAGAUCCAUCGGAGGAGAUAACAGAGCAACAAAACCAGACAGCUUCGGCAACUCUUCUAAAGUUCGGCAUCGAUAAGUUGCGUAUGGUGCGAUCCGGUUCUAUAGCCUCUAUCGAGGAUGAUUGUCCAACCGAUUAUAGCAGCGAUGGUGACGAGCCGUUGCUAAGUGGCACUGGUGAAGUCUCUAAGGAGUGUUCGCAGGACACGCUUGAGGAAUGGAAUCCCAUAUUACGCGAAUGGGAUAGCGAGAAACGGCCCAAGAAUUUAGCUCCUCUGGUGCGCCUGGGCGUACCCGAGGCAUUGCGUGAGGUGGUCUGGCAAAAGUUGGCCAAUGUGGAGGGAAAGGCGGAAAUGAAUGAUAUGUACAAGAUAUUGAUUACCAAAGAGACCGACUGCGAGGCAGUUAUAUUAAGGGACAUACAUCGCACAUUUCCGGCGCACAAAUGCUUCAAGGAGAAUGGCGGAUCUGGCCAGGAUUCGCUCUUCAAGGUAUCCAAAGCAUAUGCUGUUCAUGACAGCGAAGUCGGCUAUUGUCAAGGAUUGAGUUUCAUUGCAGCCAGUCUGCUACUUCAUAUGCCCGAGGAGGAUGCGUUUUGCGUUCUGGUCUCGCUCAUGUACGACUAUGGGUUGCGGGAUCUCUACAAGGCGGGCUUUGAGGUUCUUUAUCUACGCCUUUAUCAGUUGGAGCGUCUCAUUAAGGAUCAGUUGCCCAAACUGCACGAACAUUUUGCUGCCUGUGGCGUAGAGACUCACAUGUACGCCUCUCAGUGGCUUCUCACACUCUACACGGCACGUUUCCCACUCUGCUUUGUGUACCACGUUCUCGACGUGUUUCUGCUAGAUGGAUUGCCAGUGCUAUUUCAGGUGGCCAUCACUUUGUUGUCAAUCUGUGAAGCUGACUUGCGUCAGUUGGAUUUCGAGGGCAUUUUGAAAUAUUUUCGCGUCACGUUACCCAAAAAGUGUCGCAGUCCCAGUCAGGCGCGCAAAGUUAUGCGACAGGCAUGCGAGCGAAAAAUCAAGAAACUCAAACAAUACGAGGAGGAAUUUUUGCUAAAGAAACAGUACAAGGAGCGUCUCGAGAAGGAGGCACUGAUCUAUGAGAAUCGCUUUGGCGAAGAGCGCCGCAAGUUGCAGGGUGAAAUAGAUCAGUUGAACAAACAGUUGUCGGAGGCUAAUCUGCGGGCCAUGGAGAAGGAAAAGAUACACACGAGCAUCAUACAGGACUACAAACAAAUCAUACAGCGUCUGGAGCAGGAUAUGACCACGCUCAAUGAAACGCUGAGUGCUGUUAGGCACACUGUGUCCAAAUGUCAGCACUGCUGCACUGAUGUGGGCAACGAUAAUGCUCAGCCACAUCCAGCCCAGGCCUGCCCAGACAGCAAGCAACAACAGCAGCGGAUCAGUGCGGAGCGUCGGAAUGCGAAUGAAGCCCCUUUGGGACCGCUGGAUCCACUCAAUGCGGCUGCGCUGCGCAUACGUGAGCUGGAGCUUGAAUUGGCGCAGGUUAAGCUGGCACAUGUUGAGGCCGAGUGCAAGAAUCAGGAUUUAAAUCAUCAGCUAAACUCAACGCUUAACGAAAUGCAAACCAAUCGUAACAGCUGGCAACCCUGGCUUUCGAAAACUUUUAAUUCGCUGCAAGAGAAGGUCACCACGCGUGGACAUCGCGAGCAUGGACAAACGGCCACAUUCCAAUCCCACAUUGGUCCGGCGCCAGUAACAGUGAGUGAAGCAAGCUCGCCUAGCGGGAAUCAGGAGUACAAAACCUUUGCAUUUGCCUCCGUUGGCGGCUCACCCAAGCUACCCAGCAAAUUCCAGACCGCCAAACUGCGCAACAGCAUCGACAGUCUGCGCAAUAUUGUCGGACCCCUGGAGGCGGGCAAAUCCUUGCUCGCCGAGAAUCUCAAACAGCAGCUGCAGUCGCAGCCAUAGAGUUGCAUCUCAGUAGCUCCCACAUCUUAGAUAUAUAUGGUAUGGGUGCGGCUAACUAGGCGAGAAUAUGAAGCCCACUACAAUGAGUAUGAAGCAGACAGACGGAUAGAGUAUUUAUCUAAAAAGGUGUAGGUACCAAUUGGAAUUUGAAAAAAAGGAACCGUGUAUCGAAAAGCAGAGAAGCGCUCAGAAUGCUUAGCGGCUUGUUCUAUAUUGAGAAUAUCUAGAAAGAUAUUCCGUCUGUUCCAUACUCAUUGACCUACACUUUGGUAUUAUAGUAAAGGUAUUAAUGUGCUCGCAUUUUAAGCGAAGUCGUCUAUUAUGCAUUUUGGUUUCCAUAUUCGCAAUUUUUCAAUUUAUAUG